AUGUUGAAAUACCUAGCGAAGAAAAAAAUGUCAGUGAAAAUGUACAAUCAAGUGAAGCGUCUGAUUAUAUUACUACUGAUAUCGAGUCUAAUCGGCCGACACUUGGCUUUUGAGGAGUUCAGCGGCCAGUUAUUAGCCGCUGAGUCCAGUGUUCCGCCAACUAUUCGCUCACCCCUUAGGUUUGGCAAACGGUUCACAUCUAACCAACUCGUGGCCACACCCGUCGGCCCCGACCACAACACUAUCCUCAAGCGCUGGUGCUUUUGUUAUGUCCGCCGAUUAUCCGACAGUUUGCCCGACGACUCCACUGAACACAAA